AUGGGCUUUAUGUUGAAAUAUUUCUAUGCAUUAUUGAUGCUGCUGUUGUUGCGUUCAAGUCUCAGUGAGGCCGUUAAUAGUGAAUCAAUGAAGAAGUGCAUAGGGAGGGAGAGGAAGGCUCUUCUCUCGUUCAAACAAGGCAUCUAUGCUGACUCUGCUACUAUGCUGUCCACAUGGAGGGACGGAGAUGAUGAAGAUUGUUGCAACUGGGAAAGAGUUUAUUGUAGCAAGGAAACAGGUCACGUUCAAAUUCUUGAUCUCCACGGUUCAAACUCACUUUAUUUGGUUGGUGUCAUUAAUAUUACUUUAUUGAAUGAUUUGCAUGAUCUGAAACAUUUGGAUCUCAGUUGCAAUUAUUUAUAUCCAAGUGACAUCCCUAAGUCCAUAGAGUCAUUCACGAACUUGAGAUAUCUCAACCUCUCUCAUUCUCUUUUUGUUGGGAGUAUUCCCAAUGAAUUGGGAAAGGUUUCAAACUUACAAUAUGUUGAUCUGAGUAACAAUUACUUGGAUGGAGCUAUCCCUUGGCAAAUCGGAAAUCUUUCCAAGUUGCAGUACCUUCAUCUUGGAGGAAAUGAUCUUGAUGGAGUGAUUCCUUAUCAACUUGGGAAUCUCUCCAUGCUGCACACACUGCAACUUGGUGGUUAUGAUUCUAACCUCACAGUGGCCGACAAAAACAAUCGUGAUGUAGAUUGGAUAUCUAAGCUCUCUUCAAUAACAAAUCUUGGGUUGAAUAAUGUCAGUGAUGUUGGCUAUUCUCAUCUCUGGCUCCAAAUUAUUGGCAAACUUUUGCCUCAACUGAGAGAACUGCAAUUAACAGGAUGUGGCAUCACUUAUGCACAUGACCUUCCUUCCAACUAUUCUUCUUCUCUGGUCGUUCUUGAUCUCUCCUUUAACAACUUGAGCUCAUCAUUAUUUAAGUGGCCCUUCAACUUCAGCUCCAACCUUCAAGAGCUUUAUCUAAGAAACUGUAGUCUUUCAACUAAUGAUCCUUCCUUUCUAUUUUCUCAUUUUCAUUUUUCUUCCCUCACUGUUCUUGAUCUCUCUUAUAAUGACUUGAUGUCAGUAAUGAAGUUGAACUUUGGCUCCACUCUUCAAGAGCUUUAUUUGAUCAAUUGUAGCCUUUCAUCAAAUAAUCUUAUCGUCACAUCUUUCGAUCCCAACCUUACUUCUCUUCUCCAUCUUGACAUGUCUUUUAAUCAUUUCACAUCAUCAACCAUAUUCCAUUGGAUUUCCAACUUCACCUUCAAUCUUUAUGAAGUGUACCUCAAUAAUAACUUGCUUGGCAGUUCCAUUCCUGAGAGUUUUGGAAACACAAUGAACUCUCUUAAAGUUCUUGAUCUCAACUCUAAUUAUCUCCAAGGUGAAGUCCCAACAUCACUAGGGAAUAUAUGCACAUUGAAGAGCUUAACACUUGGCUACAAUAACUUGAGUGGGGACCUUCAAAGUUUCAUUUCUAAUACAUCACGGUGUGAUAGACAUCCAUUGCAAAGUUUAUAUUUUCCAGGAAAUCGAUUGACGGGCAUGUUACCUGAUCUUUCGGCUUUUUUCUUUUUGCAAGAUUUGGAUCUCUCUCACAACAAAUUAAAAGGAAAAAUACCUGAAAGCUUAGGAUCACAAUCUCAAUUGAAAUAUUUGCGGUUGAAUGAUAAUGAUUUGGGAGGUGCAAUUACCGAAUCUCAUUUUAGAAAUCUUUCUAAUUUGUUGGUUCUAUCAUUGUCUUACAAUCCGUUGGCCUUGAACAUUAGCAGUAGUUGGAUUCCUCCUUUCCAAUUAUAUCAUUUGCUCAUGGCUUCUUGCAUGAUAGGUCCUAAUUUUCCACAUUGGCUUCGUAAUCAACAUGAAUUAUACUCUUUGGAUAUUUCUAAUGGUAGUCUUUCUGGUUUUAUACCAGAAUGGUUUUGGCAACUAUUGAAAGAUUUAGAUUACAUGAACAUCUCAUCCAACAAUUUUUCUGGUCAAAUCUCGAAUUUACCAUUGGAGUUCAAUCAUCGACCAAUCAUUAUUUUAACUUCAAACAACUUUGAAGGUGCAGUUCCAUCCUUUUUUGGGCAAGCAUCAGAACUUCAUCUUUCCAAAAAUAAGUUCUCAAAUUUGAUGUUGCUUGCAUGUAGCCAAACUGAGGAUGGAGGCAUUCUCAUUUUGGACAUAUCAAACAAUCAAUUAAAGGGGCAUCUACCUAAUUGCUAG